AGACUUGUAUUUUGAAGGGGAAAAAAAACACUUCCGGUGGGUGUUAAGAAAGCUUCGAGGGUUUGUCUGUUUUCAUCAUGCUGCUUGUAUGACUGCGAGGGUUGCUCCGUUCGGGUGAUCGCUGUUCGCGGUUCUCGCGCUCGCUGCUCCUCUCUCUGCUUAACGGCUGUGCCGUACACCCUCGUGCGACUUUACUGUGAAGUAACAGCAAUCCUCUGGCGCACUUAGAGGACAUGGCAGCCGCGACCGUGGCUGAGGCGGACCCAGCAGAGACCGAUGGAGCUGCCGCCGCCGCCUUCACAGAUCUUCGCGACACAGGCUGGAAUGAGUCGCAGCUUCGACAGUAUACUUUUCCAACACGACAGAUACCGCGACUAUCCCAUACAGAUCCGCGUGCCGAGGUCCUCAUCAAUAACGAGGAGCCUGUUGUAUUAACAGACACCAAUUUAGUAUAUCCAGCUCUAAAAUGGGACAUACCCUACUUGCAAGAGAACAUUGGAAAUGGGGACUUCUCUGUUUACAUAGCAGAAAAUCACAAAUUCUUGUAUUAUGACGAGAAGAAAAUGGCAAACUUUCAGGACUUUGUACCCAAAUCUCGUCGAAUAGAGAUGAAAUUUUCUGAGUUUGUUGACAAGAUGCAUCAAACAGAGAAACAAGGUGGAAAAGAAAGAGUGUACUUGCAACAAACUCUGAAUGAUACAGUCGGCCGAAAAAUAGUGGUGGAUUUCCUUGGAUUCAAUUGGAACUGGAUUAACAAACAGCAAGCUAAACGAAACUGGGGACCGCUGACCUCAAAUUUGCUGCUCAUAGGCAUGGAAGGCAAUGUGACACCAGCACACUAUGAUGAGCAGCAGAAUUUCUUUGCACAAAUCAAAGGACAUAAGAGAUGCAUCCUCUUUCCUCCAGACCAGUUUGACUGCCUCUAUCCUUACCCAGUUCAUCACCCAUGUGACCGACAGAGUCAGGUCGAUUUUGAAAAUCCAGAUUAUGACAAGUUUCCUAAUUUCACAAAUGCUGUUGGAUAUGAGGCUGUCGUGGGACCAGGUGAUGUCUUAUACAUCCCAAUGUACUGGUGGCAUCACAUUGAGUCCCUGUUGAAUGGAGGAGUGACCCUCACAGUAAACUUCUGGUACAAGGGGGCACCCACUCCAAAGAGGAUAGAGUACCCUUUGAAAGCUCAUCAGAAGGUGGCCAUAAUGAGGAAUAUAGAGAAGAUGUUGGGAGAGGCCUUGAGGGACCCGCAUGAGGUUGGUCCGUUGCUGAACAUGAUGAUCAAGGGCAGAUAUGAUCAUGGACUGAGUUAAAGGCCACUCUUUAGUGUGCUGCUAAGGUCUGUUUAUAUGUGUGUGUGGAUAUGAGUAUAUGCUUGUGUGUACAUUCAGGCUGUUGAAAGAGGCUGUUGCCAGUGCAUGGCAGUAUUUUGGAAGUAUAAAGACUCCUGCCUUUUGUCUGCUUUCAUUUACUGGACCCAUUAUAGCUAGUUCUGUGUUGGUGUUAAGAGGAAAACCACUGGUGAGGAAUCUUGAGUGGAUCUCUCCUUAACAGGUCCUUAAAUUCGUAUGUGUGCAGCAUUACAUGCUAAAAAAUAGACGAAUGCAUUAGCAGAGACUGUAAAGCACUUUUGCACCACCCAGUGCGCCUGUUGUCAGGUUUUGUCCCAUGUUGGGACAAAGAAGGUGCCAUAUGUCACGAUUUAACUCCUGUGGUUCAGAGUCCGUGCAGUGAAACUGGCAGAGUGCCUCGAGCAUAUCCACAGAGGAGGAUGAUUUACAACUUGAACCCUACCAUCAGCUCAUUGACGGUUUUAAACUGUUGAUACAUUUUAUGAUGUUUUUUUUUUUUUUUGUGAGUUUGCUUUUGAAUUUGAUCUCAUGGCUUAACCUUGUUUCUGUUAUGAUAGAGGUAAUGCAGAAUACAACGGUCAGCCACAAUAUGUUUUUACAACAAAGGAUUUCUUAUCCUUUGGUAGCUGACUCGCUGAAUUAAAAUGUUGAAUUUUUUUUUUUAGGUAAGUGUACUAUAAGGCAAUUGUUUUAGUUUCUGUUAUAUUUUUCAAUGAAACUUUUUGUGGUACCAUUUCUGUAUGGAUUGUAACUUAGAAUGAACUACACCUGCCAAGUGUUAGCUGUCACCAUGAAUUGAAAGGAAAUAAAAGAUUUGGAAUGG